AUGACACUCUCUGACACACAACAAAACAUCUGCUCGGCCGAGCAGUAGCCAACAGUUUCAGUUUAACAAUCAAAGAUGAAGGAGCAGUGGAAGAGGCUUGAUACCGAUGCCAAAUUACUUGUGAACGUGAGUGAGGGUGGACAUGUGCCCAUCAGCAUCCAAGUGCCUUACCAAGCUCUCGGGCAACCUCGAGACGACUGCUGCAAAAGGACACUCCUUACUUUGAGACUAUUGAUACUUUUGGUAUUGCUAGGCUUUUCGAGCUGGCUACUCAUUUCGACAUAUUACAAUUAUCAUUUAUUGGUUGACACUGACAAAGAUGUAGCUGUGAGUAAAGUACCUUUUUUCAAUAGCGAAAAACAAAUAAUAGCCUUUAGAAACGAAGUCUUGAACUCUUUGGCAAAGAAUGAUGAAAAAUCUAGUCCAAAAAUCAUUGUGCAGGAAGAAUAUCCGACCGAUGAUAAUGAACCGACGUCUUUCAUUGAAAAAAUAGUUGCAAAACAAGCGAUACCAGUUGACGUCAAUAUAAUUGUUGACGGAUCUUUUGAAAAAGAUGCAGUCAAUUCUCACGAAAGUCACGAGGAAGCCAACGAAAGUGAAACAAGCGACAAGGCAGAUCACGACAAACUAUUUCAUAUUUUGACAGCGGAAAUUCCCGUCGUCGAGGUGGAGGACGUUGAUUAUUACACCAAGACGGAGGGCGAGGACGAAAAGAAAAAUGAGGAGAAAAGCGUGGACGAGGUGGACCGAUCGAUGCAGUCCAGCGAAGACGACCACCAAGCUAUUAGCUGGCUCGAUGCUCUCGAUCAAACGCUCAAUUUUUUGAGCGAAUUUGAAAAGGACGACGAUGUCCCAGACUCCGAGAACUCGAACGAGGAGGCGAAUAGCAGUCAAAACUCUCGAGAAAAACAUACGGAUGCGUCUUCGAUCGAGACUCAAUUCGCGCAGGUGCACACGAAUUACGAGACUAGCGGAGUUCCAACGAGCCAGUCAGCCGAACAAGACGUCACGCUUCUUCGUUACGUGGCUAGACAUUUGGAACACAUCGUUGGCAAAAACAGCCAACUGCUCGUCUGGUACUACGAAAACAAAAAUGACAAGAUAUUCGCUGACAAUCCUUGGGACGUUCGCCGACAAGCGGCCGAAUUGUUGUACAGCGACGACAUCACCACUUACAGCAAGUCCUUCGAGACAGUUUGGAAACUCAUUCAGUACUUGAAUUUGGAGGAAGGAUCGGAUGCGGCCAUCGAAGAGUACAUCGUCAAUAGGCUCAGGACGAAGCAGCACAUGUUUUACACGCUGUACGAGAAACAAGUUUACGACGAUCAAGAGAUAGCUCUCUUCAUUCAGGGCAUCAAUACAAUGGAGCUGAGGAAUAUCGGCACGCCUCCUGCGACACAGGCCACCCCUUCGGAGGACAAAACUACCGAGAAGGACGAAAUUGUCCCGCGAACGAGCGAAGAUGACCCAGAACCAAAACAAACCACCGUCAGCUAUUCGGAAACGGAAAAUCCGGGUGACCUCGAGUUACGUACCAACGGAACGACUGAUUAUUCGGAACCCUACAUGUCGCACCUGACUGCUGAUAAAAAUAGUGAAGAAGAGGCUGCUGAUCAAAAUAGUGAGGAAGAGGAAAAAGAUAUGAAUGGUUUUCUCUCUAUCUAUGGUCACGACUACUUUUACGAUUAUUAAUUUCAGCUCAGGAUCGAAAGCUGCAAAUGUAAAAUAUCUUGCGAGCGCAUCUCAAUUUGUUGUAAUUUUCAUUAAUACUUUUAUUAUAAUUUUAAUGUUUCACUCAUAGUCAUUAGAUCAUAAUAAAUUAUAGGCACAUUAAGUUUGUCUUGUAAAAAUCUCUGUAUUAAUUUGAACAAAAUUUUAAUUAAUUGUAUGUGAACGUUGUUGUGUAUACAAUUAUUGAAUAAAUUAUGAAACUUUAAUUAA